AGGGCUGGGCUCAAGUAUUUUUUUUGAACAGUCCUCGAGUGAACCGCGUCGCGAGUGAAUAAGACUUCACUCGCGCGCGCAUGUUUUGCUCAUGCAUUCCCGAGGUGAACCCUAGCAUGGAGUUUACACCACGAUACAUGGAAGGAGAGGUGCCUGUGGCCGUUCCUUCUUUCACCUACGCCAGCGACACAGUGAUCGAGUUCAUCACUGAUGUGGAAGGGAACUGGGAGUACUUCCUCAGGCUAGUUUACAGUAGUCAGGUCCUGUUUUGGGACGACGAGGAGCGGGGCGAUUGGGGCCCUGGCAUUCUGCGGCUGAAGGAGAACGGAAUGCUCGUCUUCGGCGGGGAUGCUCCGGACAAGGGCCCUGGGGAUAUCCGCUUGGUAAAGAUACUGCUGAGCUUGAAGAGAAGAUAUCCAGAGCAGGUCUUCUUCAUUUUGGGGAACCGGGACAUCAUGAAGCUCCGCUUCGCCUCGGAGCUCAAGGAGGUGGAAGAGCCAGGAAAGGUCUGGCUACCGACCUGGGAUCCCAAGGUGAAGACUUUUGAGCAGUUCUUGCAGGAGAAUCCCAGCCUCCAGAGAGAUGAGAUGGGAAAACUGAAGUGGCUUUUGCAUUGCACCAUGGGCUGCCAGGACACCACUUUUGACACACGCAAACGGGAGAUCGCGAUCCUUAAAGGAAGGGCUUCAGAUGCGGACGUGCUCAAAAGCUAUAGGGACUCGGUAGAUUCCAGGAGUAAAGAUCCCUGGAUGUUAGAAUUCAUCCGCGUGGCGAAGAUUGCCCACAUCAUUGGGGACAUCCUCUUCCUGCACGGAGGGAUUUGCACGGAAUCCUACGGCCAAGUGCCCAGCAGGGACGGACGUUGUAGAGAUGUGCAGGAGUGGGUGAAAGAGCUGAAUGCGUGGAAAGACCGACAGGUACAGGACUUUUGUGAGCAGCCCUACUUCUACGAGAAAGACGGGAAACAAUGCCGUGGUGGAGAUGAGUUGAUCAUCUAUGGAACUCCAGGGGCUGGUAAGAAGACGGUGAUUUAUCACAAUCCUUUUGAGGAUGGAAACCCCACGCUACGCUCCCUGGAGGUGCAGAACUUCUUGAAGGGCUCAGGUAUUGAUCGUGUGGUCAGUGGGCACCAGCCUCAUGGACAGACACCCACCGUGGUGCGCCACCCCAAAACGGGGCUCUUGAUGAUCACCGCGGACACCUCACGCUCCGACAACAAGGCCAGCAAGAUCUUCAACCCGGCUGACAACCGUGGCAUCGUUUACAGUUCCGUGCGUCUCCUCCCCGAGACCGUGGAGAUUGAAGGUCAAUUGGCCGAUGGCCGCUACCAUCGUUGCUCUGUACACCGGAACCCCAGCAAAGAUCGGCUCCCUGAUGCACUGGUGGGCCGGCAGCUGACUGAUGGAUCUUGGGUGAAGACGAUUCUAACUUCGCCCUCUGAGCCAGCAGUGCAUCUGGUACAGACUGCGCUGGGGAAAGGCUUUAAUGUAAAGGUUUGUGACAUGUCAGAGCACACCGCCUGCCUCCAGCUACGUGAAGAGUUCAAGACCAGCGAUAUCUUGCGGGUGAAGAUCCGCGACUUCCGUGGGGGCAGCACCUCCGCCAUCUCACUGGAAGAUUGCCGCGACGGCGAUUUGACCAGCGCGCACUUCAAGGACCGUGAUUUCACGGUGAACACGGAGGAGUUUUACAGGUGCGACACCUUCAUUUUCGCGAUGAUGGGCGUCUUCGGCGAUCCCAAGACUCCCUUAGGCAUCGAGAUUACGAAGCGAGUGAACGACUUAAUCUUCAAAGGUAAGAGGGUCAUUUGGAUCACCAACAACUCCAACAAGACCCGAACUGGGUUGAUGAAGGAGUUGGAAGACUAUUAUGGCAUCAAGGUCUUUCACACCUCGCUCUCCCGGACCCUCUCCCCCGACGGCUGGCAAUCCGAGCCCGACCCGCAGAGUGAGCUGCGUAAGUUGGCGCACCUGCAUGUGGUGACCUCGUCCUUUACAUGCGCCUGGUUCCUGAACCAGAAAGGCCUUCAGCGGCCCUUCGUCAUCACCUCCAAUCGCUCCAUUUGUGAAGAGUUGGAAGGCCUUGGAAUCAACAAGUAUGUGGCCACCAUCGGUCCUGAUGGGAAGCCCAAGAAGGAAUACCUGGAAGAGGUGACCAGCAAGAAGGUCUGCGACCUUGUCGCCAAAUACCCCGAUGUGGACUCAGUGGUGAUCUGUUGGGAUCAGCACUUCACUGCUCUGAAAAUCGCCGUGGCGACGCAGUACCUGAAGUGGGCGCAGGACAACGGGCAGGAGUUGCCAGUGAUCACCUGCUCAAUGGACCGGAGCGGCAUCCUGGGCGUCACCGAGGAGAAGUUCUGCUUCAAGCAGGGCUACAACGGCAAGAAGAUCCGGGCCAUCGGAAAUGGUGUGAUGGCAGCCUCCAUCGUCCAAUCUUCGGAUAUUGAAGAGAUUGUGGAUGUGGGCAAGCCUUCCCUGAUGCUUCUUGAGCAGCUGAGACGGCCACGUGAGGAGGGCGGCAUGGGUGUGGACUUCUCGCGCGCGGUCGUCGUGGGCAGCACGUUAAAGACCGACAUCGAGUUGGCCAAUGGCGGAGGCAUGAAGUCUUUAUUGGUCCUCAGUGGGGUCACCAGCAUGGAUGAGGUAAAGAGAGAAGUGAACCCCAUGAGGAUUCCCACAUGGAUCGCCGACAACUUGGCUGCCAUAGGUAUGCCAGCACCACAACAUGAGUUUCACUGACUGACCACGUGACCCGCUUUCACCUUUCGACACCAA